AUGAAGCAGAAACCUCAAAUUGAGACGAAUAAUGUUUUUGACAUCUUGCAAAAAGCUAGUUAAAAUCUGAAGACCCAAAAGUUGGAUCUCAUUAACUCUGUUAGGAAUAUGUCGACCAAAUCGAAUUCCAAUAAGAACAUUUUUGGGAAAGAAUUCUUAAAGCAAUAAUUUUGUAAGGAGAAUCAACAAAAGAAGAAACAAAUGUCAAAUCUAGAGUUAGUUGCAGCAAUGCAGAAGUAUAAUUAAUUGCUGCAACAAAAGCGUGAUACACCAACCAGAAAUUAUUCAAAAAGUUAAUCGCUGUUAAAUCAACUUGUCACUAAAGUAACUCCAAACUUAGAACUUAACAUGUUUAAACAGUCUUCACGAUCUCCUAUUGGCACAGACAUAAGACCUCAAACUUCUGACUUGAAAGCUCCUACAUCCGUAUAACACAAAAGAUAACAAUCAAUAGGUUCCAAAGAUUAAAAUUAUAAAAAAUUGUACAAUGCAAUGUUACAGAAACCCAAGAAGGCUCAAUCACAUCAAACCACUCCUCAACAUUCCAGAUAAUUGUCACUGUAGCAAUCAUAACAAUUAUCUAAUCGAGAAUCAAAAUAUUUUGAAAGCAUUAAAUUUAAUAAGGAAAACAAAGAAAAUAGUCAAUUUCAAUAUUAUUUGGGCAAGAUUAGAUAGGUUUUUACUCGUCCUCUGAGAGACGAUUAUUUUAGCUGUAUUUAUAGGGAACAUUUUUUUCAAACUUAUUAAGGAAUUUAUGUUGCUUCUUAUCUGAGGCCAGUUGACCCCAACGAUCUAAAGAAAAAAACAGUCUAAUUAAAAUAAAAGGAAAAAUACAGAAGUAUUAUUAAUCUUAUUCGCAAUUAGAUAAAAUCUCUGUGAUCUUUGAUUUGGAUGAAACUUUGGUACAUUGCAAUGAAUCGUUGCUAUAAAAAUCUGACAUUAUAUUAAAUAUACAAGUAGGUCCAAAUGAGAUGGUUAAGGCUGGAGUCAAUAUCCGUCCAGGAGCUGUAGAAUUAUUGGAAUCCCUAGUUGACGAUUUUGAAAUUAUUGUCUUUACGGCUUCUCAUUCAUGCUAUGCUCAAUAGGUCUUAGAUUAUUUGGAUCCAGAGAACAAACUAAUCUCACAUCGUCUUUUUAGAGACAACUGCAUUAUGACAACAGGGGGAAUGUACACAAAGGAUCUUAGAAUUUUCGAUAGGCAAUUGAGUCAAAUAGUUCUGAUUGAUAAUGCUGCUUAUAGUUAUGCUUGGCAAUUAGAUAAUGGAAUACCUAUAGUCCCUUAUUACGAUAAUAAAGAUGAUCGAGAGUUGUGGGGUUUACAAACCUAUUUAUUAGGAAUGAUUGGUGUGCCUGAUGUAAGGGAAUAUAAUAGGUAAGAAUCAAUGAAUAAAUUAAUAGAGAGAAAUUAAAAUUGAACUAAUUUUUCGAUUCCCAAGGACCUGCAAGUGUAUUUGAAAAACUGUUUUAAUAGAAAAUUGAAAUAUGA